GUCCUGGGCGCCCGGCUUGUCAGUAUCAUCACGGCGGGUCCCCGGACAGCUAGGCCAUGAGACCUUAGAAGGCCAUGUCGAAACGCGACAUCGUCCUCACCAGCGUCACUGUUGUUCAGCUGCUGCGACAGCCGUGCCCGGGGACCAGACCACCGCCAUGUGAGCCCAAGGCUGAGCCCAAGGCCCUGCCUGAGCCCGCAGUCCAGCUCCAACCUGAACCAGAGCCAGUCUGCGAGAAUGUGCCAGCCCAGCCUCCACCAAAGGCUCCUCCUGUUCGGGAGUUGACUGUAGGCAUCAAUGGAUUUGGCCGCAUCGGGCGCCUGGUGAUGCGCGUCUGCAUGGAGAAGGGCGUUAAGGUGGUGGCAGUGAAUGACCCGUUCGUUGAUGUGGAGUACAUGGUGUACAUGUUUAAGUAUGACUCCACCCACGGCAGAUACAAGGGGAGUGUGGAAUGCAAGAGCGGACAGCUGGUGGUGGAUAACCGCGAGAUCAAGGUCUUCCAGUGCAAGCAGCCCAAAGACAUCCCCUGGAGGACCGUCGGGAGCCCCUUUGUGGUGGAGUGCACAGGCGUGUACCUCUCCUUAGAGGAGGCGUCGGAACACAUCACAGCAGGUGCCCAGCGUGUGGUCAUCUCCGCACCCUCACCAGAUGCACCCACGUUUGUCAUGGGUGUGAACGAAAAGGACUAUAAUCCUGGCUCCAUGAACACUGUCAGCAAUGCCUCCUGUACCACCAACUGCCUGGCCCCCUUGGCCAAAGUCAUCCACGAGCGGUUUGGGAUCGUGGAAGGGCUGAUGACCACAGUCCACGCCUACACGGCCACCCAGAAGACCGUGGACGGGCCAUCAAAGAAGGCCUGGCGAGACGGACGGGGGGCCCACCAGAACAUCAUCCCAGCUUCUACAGGGGCAGCCAAGGCCGUGGGCAAAGUCAUCCCAGAGCUCCAAGGGAAGCUAACAGGAAUGGCAUUCCGGGUACCAACCCCAGAUGUGUCUGUUGUGGACCUGACCUGCCGCCUGGCCCAGCCUGCCCCAUACGCGACCAUCAAGGAGGCCAUAAAAGCAGCAGCCGAUGGACCCAUGGCUGGCAUCCUUGCCUAUACUGAGGAUGAGGUGGUCUCCACGGACUUCCUCGGCAACCCCCACUCGUCCAUCUUCGAUGCCAAGGCUGGAAUCGCGCUCAACAACAACUUUGUGAAGCUCAUUUCCUGGUACGACAACGAAUAUGGCUACAGUAACCGGGUGGUCGACCUCCUGUGUUACAUGUUCAGCCGAGAGAAGUGAUCGCGGGAAGGCCCCUCCCUUGCUUCCCUGUGCCCCACAGGCCAGGACCUGUAUCUCCCGUCCGGCUCCCGGGGAAGGAAGGAGGCGCCGUCCGUGAGGGCCCUGCGCCGCUGUGCCAGCCGAUGAAAUAAAAAACCAGUGCUCACAGCUGCGCCCCGUGUCUCUGCGCCGGUCACGUCGGGUUCAGAUCCGGGUUCAAGGCCCGCUGCCCCUUUGCUCGAAAGUCCUGCGCCCUUGGGCACGGGGUCCGCGCCUCGACUCCGAACCUGGUUCCACUUCAGGGAAACGAGGACCACAGCGGCGCCGGCAUCCGGGCGUGACCGCAAGCCGAUCCCCAAAAGAGCCGGGCUGCGGGACGCGGGGUGUCGGGGCG